UUGAACCUUUUCAGGUGGACAACAGGAAAAUGGUGCAGCACUUGGACACCCCGGCUAUCAAGCUUCACAAGUAUGUUGAGGGAAAGUGGAAACUCAAGGAUGCCACCAAAGUGCUGUUCCAAACCCCGUACGUGCUGGAGACGGUGUCCCAGCUGCUCCAGAGCGAGGUGCAGCGCGCGCUCGUCGACUUCGACAACUACCUGGACGACGUCACGCAGGACUGGACGAACCUCGGCAUUGAGAAGCUGGUCGCUAGUAUCGACGCGAGCAAUGACGACUGUAAGGACAAGGACUAUCGGUAGAAACGGAUAGCUUAGCAUUUUGAUACAAUGAUAGUGUGUCCGAGUAGGAUUUCGUACACGAGUAGAUUUUCAAGUGAUAAGUAAAUGUAUCUACCAACGAAAUUCUGACUUUGCAUCAGUUAGGAAAAUUGAUAGCUAAUACAGGUUUUCUUAUUAUAAAUUUCGAAGUUAAAAAUUACUAAUUUUUAAAUUUUUCAGUAGCCUAUAAUACGGUAUACUAUAUUUUUGUAACCCUAUGACAGUAAAGCUUUAUUUAAUCAUACCAUGUGGUACAGUUCGCCAUCAGAUAUGUCGGAGCGGCCGAGGUGCUCACAAAUAUUUACAGUGGUGUGUAAAUGUUUACAGUGGUGUGUAAAUAUUUACAGUGGUGUGUAAAUAUUUACAGUGGUGUGUAAAUAUUUGUACAGGCGUGUACAGAUAUUUUUGAGCACCUCGGCCGCUCCGACAUAUCUGAUGGCGAUUAUAUCUAUUCCCAAAAACACUAUUAAUAUUUUUAUUAAUUUCAUUCCAAUCAGCCCAUUAUACAUUUUUAUACUAUAAAAUUUAAUAUAGUAUAAAAAUAAUCAUAUAUAUAAGGAGCUACCUACAUAGUAAAUUAUGUUUAAGAAUAGUUUUUUCUGGUAUUUGGCUGUUUAUGUUAUAUUAUAACUUAACGCUAAGGUUAAGGGUUAUUUAUGUAAAUCAUAGAAAAUAUAUUUGAAUAGAUUUUUGUUCGCACGAGUAAAUAUGUGUAUGUAUUGAUUAAAUAUGUUAUUAAAGUGAUGUUCCACCAA